AUGCCUUUCAAACCCUUUCAGAAAAUCACAGAAAAUUUUCACAUUGAUAACAUAUUAGAAGAAUCUCAACGCGAUGACCCGAGCUAUGACAAACUGUGUAAAGUACGACCAAUAGUGGACGCACUGAACGAAACAUUUCAACAAAACUGCUCCUCAUCGCAAAAUCAAUCCAUUGACGAGAGUAUGAUAAAAUUUAAAGGCAAAUCAUCUAUGAAACAAUACAUGCCUAAAAAACUAAUUAAACGAGGUUAUAAAUGCUGGUGUCGUUGCGAUUCUAAAACUGGGUACCUCUAUCAGUUCCAAAUUUAUACAGGCAAAACAGAUAAUACAGCUGAAGAGGGAUUAGGGUGUAGAGUUGUUUUGGAUUUAUGUCAAAAUGUGCCAGAAGAUACUUUCAUAGUUUUUGAUAAUUUUUUUUACGAGCCUGCCGUUGCUGGAGAUUUUGUAUUCAGAGAAGAUAUAUGCUGUAGGAACCAUUCGAGCGAACAGGAAGGGAUUGCCAACAGAAAUUAG